AGUAACUUUUUGUUAUUGAGUUGGUAAUUAUGAUUCCUAACCUCUCAUCUCAUCUGAUAAAAAUUGUAUUUAUCAGAAAUAACUUAUUUGUUAAGCAUUAUUCUAUUGCAAAAUCAUACAAACUUCUAUUCUUUGGAUCAGAUGGCAUCGCUCUUAGCAGUUUACGAAAAAUAAAUGAUUUACGAAAGAAGGAAAAUCAUCUCAUCGACAGGUUGGACUUGGUCACUACAAGUUCGAAACAUAAAACAGAAAUAAUAAAGUACGCGGAGUCGGAGAACAUAAACACAAUACCAUGGCCUUUACACAGUUUACGAGCUGGAGAAUACGAUUUAGGACUGAUUGUCGCAUUUGGUCACCUGAUUAAAGAAGAUCUCCUUAACAAAUUCCCGCUUGGUAUGGUGAAUGUCCACCCCAGUCUAUUGCCGAGGUGGCGAGGAGCGGCUCCCAUUAUCCACACACUCUUACAUGGCGACCAGGUGACAGGAGUUACACUUAUGAAAAUCAAAGCAGACAUUUUUGAUGUGGGUGAAAUAAUCAGCCAAAUAAAAGUACCAGUGGCCAAAGAUAUAAAAUUACCUGAACUGACAGAGCAGUUAUCUGAGUAUGGUGCAGAAAUGCUGGUAGAUUGCAUCAAGACAUUACCAGCAAGCUUAGAAAAUGCACACCCACAGAGCACGGAGGGAGUAACUUAUGCUAAGAAAAUCCACAAAAAUAUAAGUGAAGUCAGAUGGGCAGAAAUGUCUUCAGUUGAAGUAUACAACCUAUAUCGAGCUAUAUACGGUUUGUAUCCACUCACUACAACAUUUAAAGACAAACAAAUGAAACUUUUUGAUGCAUUCAUCCAUGAAGCUGAAAAAGUCGACCACAGUCAAAAACCAGUUGGAACUUUGGAAUACAGUGAGACAACAAAUGCCAUUAGAAUAUUAUGCAAAGAUCGAAGAUAUAUUUAUUUUAAAUCACUUAGGAUAGUAGGCAAAAGACAAAUAUCGGCAUUAGACUUUUAUAAUGGAUACAUCAGGAAUGUCCCAGGAGAUAAAAGGGAAUGUACAGUUUCUAGAAAUCAAUAAAUAUUUAUUAUAAAUA